AUGGCCUCUCGAUUGAUACCGUCCGGUGGCCCUGGCAGGCGCUGGGCAUCCCUGCGCCUGCCGAGCACUCCUCAACGACGUGCGUUCGCCUCCACUAGGUUCUACUUCCAAGAUAUUUUUCAGUCGCAAUUAGAGGAUCCCUCGUCAGCUGCGAUCUACUCCUCUCUUCAGGCGUCGAGAGCCGUUCCGCAGACCCUCACAGAGAAAAUUGUUCAGAAGUACUCCGUUGGUUUGGCCAAGGACAAAUUCGUCAAAUCCGGCGACUAUGUCACUAUCUCGCCUCACCGGUGUAUGACUCAUGACAACUCAUGGCCGGUUGCACUGAAGUUCAUGUCCAUUGGUGCAACAAAGCUACAUGAUCCGAAGCAGAUUGUGAUGACGCUCGAUCACGAUGUCCAGAACAAGUCGGAGAAGAACCUCCAAAAGUAUCGACAGAUUGAAGAGUUCGCCAAGCACCAAGGAGUUGAGUUCUACCCCGCUGGAAGAGGUAUUGGACAUCAAGUCAUGGUGGAAGAAGGCUAUGCUUGGCCCGGUACUCUUGUGGUUGCUUCCGAUAGCCAUAGUAACAUGUACGGUGGCGUCGGCUGCUUGGGUACUCCCAUCGUGAGAACGGACGGUGCUAGCAUCUGGGCCACUGGGAAGACAUGGUGGCAGAUUCCACCGGUUGCAAAGGUCACUUUGACUGGUAUAUUACCACCGGGUGUGACCGGCAAGGAUGUGAUCGUCGCUCUUUGUGGGUUGUUUGAUAAGGACGACGUCUUGAACCAUGCAAUCGAAUUUACUGGCUCUGAGGAGACUAUGCGCAGUCUAUCGGUAGAUGCCCGGUUAACGAUCGCCAACAUGACAACAGAAUGGGGUGCCUUGUCUGGCCUGUUCCCAAUUGACAGCGUAUUGAAGGGAUGGCUGAAAGGCAAGGCUACAACAGCAGCCAUGGGGCUUGCGGAAGGUCCCUUCAAAACCUUAGCCCCCCAGCAUUUCACACACCCGCUCCUUGAGCAGCUGUUUGCCAACCCCCUGACUGCUGACAAGGGAGCCAAAUAUGCUAAGGAACUUUUCCUGGAUCUUUCUACACUUUCCCCUUACGUUUCCGGUCCAAACUCCGUCAAGGUUGCCACGCCUCUCAAGGACCUGGAGGCGCAGGAUAUCAAAGUUAACAAGGCAUACCUCGUCUCAUGCACUAACUCGAGGGCUUCGGAUAUCGCUGCAGCUGCUAGAGUUUUCAAGGAAGCCGCUGAAAAGAAUGGUGGCAAAGUCCCCAAGAUUGCCGACGGUGUUGAGUUCUAUGUUGCGGCUGCGUCUAUCCCUGAGCAAUUAGCAGCAGAAGAAGCUGGUGAUUGGCAAGCCUUACUAGAUGCCGGAGCUACGCCAUUACUGCCUGGAUGCGCACAAUGUAUCGGGCUGGGAACCGGUCUCUUAGAGGCUGGAGAAGUAGGAAUCAGCGCCUCGAACCGUAAUUUCAAGGGUCGUAUGGGAAGCACUGAUGCGAAAGCAUACCUUGGUAGCCCCGAAGUCGUUGCCGCUAGCGCUUUGACCGGAAAGCUCAGCGGCCCGGGCUGGUACCAGGCGCCGGAAGGUUUGGCUGAAGUUGUAUGUGGAGAGGGAGAUGGAAUUCGCGAGGAGGAUCGCAUGCUUACCGCCGAACAAGCCCUGGAGAAAUUAAUCGGCCAGAUUGAUAACUUGGUUGCCGAUGGUGAGAAGCAGUUUGCCCCAGAAGAGAGUGAGGAGUCAUCGGGUGAUUCCCUUACGGAGGUAUACCCUGGAUUCCCAGAGCGUGUUUCGGGUGAAAUCGUUUUUUGCGAUGCCGACAACAUCAACACCGAUGGUAUCUAUCCUGGUAAAUAUACCUACCAAGAUGAUGUUUCCCAAGAGACAAUGGCUCAAGUCUGCAUGUCCAACUACGAUGUUCAGUUCUCGUCGAUCGCCAAGGAAGGUGAUAUUCUAGUCACUGGUUUCAACUUUGGCUGUGGAAGCUCCAGAGAGCAGGCAGCGACUGCCCUUCUGGCAAAGAAGAUCCCGCUCGUCGUGUCGGGAAGCUUUGGCAAUAUCUUUUCUCGCAACAGUAUCAACAAUGCCCUGAUGGGUCUGGAGGUUCCUCGUCUCAUCAACCGUCUCCGUGAGAGCUUUGCUGGAGAAGGAAGCGACAAAGCUCUCACGCGCCGCACUGGUUGGACCCUAACCUGGGACGUCCGGAGAAGCCGCAUUGAGGUUCAGGAGGGAGAGAAUGGUCCCAAGUGGUCCCACCAGGUAGGUGAACUGCCUCCCAAUGUGCAAGAAAUUAUUGCCAAGGGAGGUUUGGAGAAAUGGGUCAAGAACGAGAUUGGGGCUUAA